AUGGGCGCUAUCUUUGCGGCAACAGACAGCGUUGCCACCCUGCAGGUGCUGGACGCCACCACCAUGCCCUCACUCUUCUCCCUCGUCUUUGGAGAGGGUGUCAUCAACGACGCCGUCAGCGUGGUGCUGCUGGGCGCCAUCGACCGCUCCACCAAGGAUGGCGCCUGGACGGGCGGCUUUGUGUUCAACUUUGCCUUCCUGCUGGUCUGCAGCUUCAGCCUGGGGGCACUGGUGGGGCUGGGCAUCGCGUGGCUCCUCAAGACCACCACAUUCUCGGGGCCACACCAGGUUUGA